CCAUUUUAACCGGAAGAAGUACGGAUGGAGGUCAGGUGGGUCGUCAUUAGUUACCACAGUCACAAAGUCAUAAACUCCGCCUAUUUCUAAAUGUAACUUCUUAAAGAUGCAUUUCCUGGAUGCUAAAAUUAUAGUAGGUCGCCUAAUUUCAGUUUAUGUGACAAAACAAACACGUAUAGUGUAGAUAAUCAUUUUAAACCUCCGAGAAAUAUAUUUUCCAUAACCAAAGUACUGUAUUAUCAGCGGUUUUUAGCUGGUGUACAAAACCGAAAGUAAAAUACGCAAAUAUGAAACUUAAGACCAGGAAGCAUAGAAAUAGCGCACAUUGAACACAUCUACAUAGGAAUAGCGCACUUAGAACAGAUAUACCGCUUCUUAGACUUGCUUAGACCCUAACCCUAUGUGAAUUUGGUCACGUCACCCAAAAAGUUACAUAUUGCAGCUGUAAAGUGUAAUUUUAAACCUAACCUUAAUCACACUGUUAACUUUAUACCCAACCUUAACUUUAAAUUAAGACACCAAUUUUAUUUUAUUUGCUAAUUAACCUGCUAUUUUCUUUCAUCUUGUUCUUUCCUCUGCAGAGUGUGUAUCAUGGUGGGCUUUCCACUACGUAGAGACAUUAACUUUGGAGUUCCUUAACGGAGUUACUCCAUCAUAUGGCUGUUUUUACUGCUUGGAUAUUAAACUGGCUAGAGGUACUGGGUAAUUUAUCCCUCACCGCCAUAGGGACGUGCCUGGGGGACCCAGGCGCUCAGGGUGCCAGAGGAGAGGCGGGCCCCGGCAGGACCUUUGACACACCUUUCCCCGGCCUCGGCUGCUUCUCCCGGUCUCAUAGGGCAAAGUGGGAGGAGGGUGUGGAGUCGCCCUGGGUGUUGUCCACAAUGCUCAAGGGGUACUGACUAUAAUUCCAAACAUCAGAACGGAUAGGUGGGUUCUACUCCAUUUAUUUUGUGAUCCCAAAAAGAGACGAAGGGUUACAACCGAUUCUGGACCUCCACAACGUCAAUGGGUACUUGAAGGUACUGAGGUUCCACAUACUGUCCCCAACCCGCGUGUUGCAGGAUGUGUCCAGGGACCAGUGGUUUGUUAUGCUGGACCCGAGGGAUGCGUACUUCCAUGUACUUCCAUUCACCGAGCUUAUUGGCAGUACCUCCGGUUUGCUUUUGAAGGGAUGGCUUACGAAUUCAUGGUUCUUCCCUUCAGCCUCUCCUUUGCACCCUGCACUUUCAUAGUGCAUGGACGCUGUCCUGGCACCUCUCACGUCCCGAGGAUUGUUGAUACUCAAUUACCUGGACGAUUGGCUGAUUUGUCCCUCGACGAGGACCCAGGUGCUGUCAGACAGAGACAUGCUCCUGACCCACAUCGGCAGGCUGGGCAUUACUGUAAACGACAAGGGUCCUCGCCUGCCCACCAGAAGGGUUCAGGCGAUCUUAUCUUGCUUCGACCACUUUUGGCAGGGGCGGGUGGUAUCCGCCCUGACCUGCCAACGCCUGUUGGGCUUGCUGACGGCGGCCUUGUUGCUGAUUCCCCUGGGCCUGCUCCAUCUUCAACCUCUUCAACGGUGGUUCAACUCCCACCGCCAGCUGCGGGUGACUGCACAGUGCCUCAGGACAUUGUUGAGGUGGCACUGUUGCUCCUUUCUCUUAGGGGGUGGAGAUGCUGAGGAUGUGCUGCCAGUUGCUGGUCAGCACAGACCCCUCCCAGAUCAGCUGGGGAAGUGUGGCCAAGGGCAAGUCGGCCAGCGGCUGUUGGCUACCCCCUCGGAGCGGCAGGCACAUCAAAACACUAGAGCUCCGAGCUGUACUGCUGGCCAUGCGGUCUGUCCUUCCACAUCUGAAGGGAAGACAUGUCCUGGUGAGAACGAACUCCACACAUGUGUCUUACAUCAACCAUCAGGGUGGACUGAGGUCCCACCGCCUCUAUCUUAUGGCAUGGGAGCUCCUUCUCUGGUACAGCACCUGUGUGACAAGUUUGGGAGAGUGCAGGUGGACCUGUUUGCCUCCCUGGAUAAUGCACACUGCCCCCUGUGGUACUCCACAGGGCCUCUGGGCUUGGAUGCUGUGGCUCACAAUUGGCCAGGGCUGGAGCUUUACGACUUUCCCCUGAUCCAGGCUGUGCCAGACUGGACCAGGAAGGCGGCGCAUCCUCUGCUGCUGGUGGCCCCAUACUGGCUCAGACGACCCUGGUUCAGCCUUCUCCUGUCCCUGUUGUCUGGGGCACCUUGGCAACUGCCUCUGAGAUCUGACCUGCUGUCUCAGGCCGGGGGAACUCUGUGGCAUCCGAGACCGCACCGCCUCAGUCUGUGGACUUGGCCACUAAAUGGCACCCCAAUGGUCCAUGUUAGGGCUACAGGAGGGUGUAGUGUACACCAUGCAGAGCGCAAGGGCACCGGCUGCAACUGCAGCAUACCAGUUGCGCUGGCAGUUGUUCUGCUCUUGGUGCACUGGUAUUGAGGUUGUGCCCGAGUCAUGCGGGGUGCAGUAUGUUCUCCAAUACCUGCAGUCAUGCUUGGAUGAGGGCUUGGCAGCCUCUUCACUGAGAGGGUAUUUGGCCGCUAUAUCUGCCUGCCAUGUGGGGUGGAUGGACAUGCCAGUGGGGCAUUAUCCCUUGGUCUCCAGCUUUAUGAAGGGGGUUCGUCGCCUGUGUCCAUCUAGGACCCGCUCAAUGGUGAACUGGGAUCUGGAUGUGGUCUUGGCAGCUUUGGCAAAGUCGCCUUCCGAACCAUUGAAGUUUGCCUCCCUGAAACCUCUCUAUGAAGGUGGCUUUCUUGGUAGUGAUUACUUCCAUGAAGAGGGUGGGUGAGCUUCAUGCUCUUUCAGUAAGUUCUGAGUGCUACCGGAUGGACCCCGGUGGGAGGAGUAUAUCUCUCUGCCCCAACCUUUCAUUCCUCCCGAAGGUUCUGUCAGACAGGCAUGUGAACAUCCCUUUUAUCCUGUCUGCUUACAACCCCCUGGGAGUGGCGAGGGAGUCAGGACCUGCCUCCGGUAUGCUGUGUCCUGUGCGGGCACUGGCUGCCUAUGUGGAGCAGACUCGGUCAGUGAGAACAACAGACCAGCUCUUUGUCUGCUAUGGUGAGAGAAUCCAGGGGGCUGGGCUAUCAAAGCAGAGGCUCUCUCACUGGAUCGUGGACAUGAUUACGACAGCAUACCGCCUGGCUGGCAGGCCAGUGUUGGGAUCUGUGGUGGCACAUUCAGCACAAGGUGUGGCUGCGUCUUGGGCUCUAAUGAGAGGAGUGUCCCUUGCUAAUAUCUGUGCUGCGGCCAGCUGGGCCUUGCUAGGUACUAUUGGGUAAAUGUGGCAUCUCCCCUCUGCGGUUGGUUCAGCGGUCCUGGGCAUCGCCUCCCCUACCCAGGGACUGGGCCAGGAUCCCCCUUCCACAUUGACAGCCUCUGCGUCUCGGUCCUGCGCUGGGACUUUACCGCUGGCUGGCCAGGUCCCUCUAGCACCAACUAAUCUGGUAGGGGUAUACCAAUAUAUUGGAGUGAUCCAAUAUAGUGAAACAUAACCAAGGUCACGUAUGUAACCACGGUUAUGUGAGCUAUAUGGAUCACUCCAAUCCUCUAUGGCGCUACAGGCACCUCAAAAAUGAUGUAGAGAACGUGUGUCGCGGCCAAGGGGUCUAUGUAUAGAGCGGACCCCAGCUGUGACACAGGUGUACACAGGAGUGAAUCUGUAAAUCCUCACCUCAGAUGUAUCCCUACACUGCGGAGUAUUACCAAUAUAUUGGAGUGACCCAUAUAGCUCACAUAACCGUGGUUACAUACAGCUGAAGUCGGAAGUUUACAUACACUUAAGUUGGAGUCAUUAAAACUUGUU